CGGCGGCGGCGGGACCGCGCUCUCGGGGGCGCCGCGGCCGGCCGGGAGCGGGCGGCGGCCAUGGCCCGGUGAGCGGGGCCCGGCGGCGGCGGGCGGGCGGGUGGCGGCCCCUUUGUCUCCCGGCGGAAGUGCCCGCGCCCGGCGGCAUGAGCGACAUCCGCCACUCGCUGCUGCGGCGCGACGCGCUGAGCGCCGCCAAGGAGGUGCUGUACCACCUGGACAUCUACUUCAGCAGCCAGCUGCAGAGCGCGCCGCUGCCGCCGCUCGUGGACAAGGGCCCCGCGGAGCUGCUCGACGAGUUCGUGUUCCAGGCGCCCAAGAGACUGAACUCGCUGCAGGAGCUUCAGCUUCUCGAGAUCAUGUGCAAUUACUUCCAGGAGCAAACCAAGGACUCUGUCCGGCAGAUGAUUUUCUCCUCCCUUUUCAGCCCGCAAGGGAACAAGGCGGACGACAGCCGGAUGAACCUGCUGGGGAAGCUGGUGUCCAUGGCGGUGGCCGUGUGCCGGGUCCCGGUGCUGGAGUGCGCCGCCUCCUGGCUCCAGCGCACGCCCGUGGUGUAUUGUGUACGGCUGGCCAGGGCCCUGGUGGACGACUACUGUUGCCUGGUGCCGGGCUCCGUGCAGACGCUCAAGCAGAUCUUCAGCGCCAGCCCGCGCUUCUGCUGCCAAUUCAUCACAGCGGUCACCGCGCUCUACGACCUGUCUGCAGAUGAGCUCAUCCCACCGCUGGACCUGCUGGAGGUGGUCGUGGGCUGGAUUCUCGAGGACCCCAGGCUGACCCUCAUCACCUUCCUGAACACACCCAUCGCCACCAACCUCCCCAUCGGCUUCCUGGAGCUCACACCACUCACGGGGCUGAUUCGCUGGUGCGUGAAGGCGCCGCUGGCCUGCAAGCAGAGGAAGAAGCCGUGCCUGGCCGAUGGCCAUGGCCAUGCCAAGGCCCCCAAGGACCCAGUGGGGCCGGAGCGGGACUCCCCGUUGCUGUACUCCCAGUUGCACCUGAGUGUGCUGCAGGUGCUGCUCCUGCUGCAGGCGCACCUGACCGAAAAGAACCUCUACGGACGCCUGGGCCUCAUCCUGUUUGACCACAUGGUCCCGCUGGUCGAGGACGUCAACCGGCUGGCCGACGAACUGAACCCCCUCAACGCCUCCGCCGAGAUCGAGCUCUCUCUGGACCGGCUGGCACAGGCCUUGCAGGUGGCCAUGGCGUCUGGGGCCCUGCUGUGUACUCGAGAUGACCUGAGGACCCUGUGCUCGCGGCUGCCCCACAAUAACCUGCUGCAGCUGGUGAUCUCAGGGCCCGUGCAACAGUCCCCCCACGCCGCAUUGCCCCCCGGCUUCUACCCGCACAUCCACACACCCCCCUUGGGCUACGGGGCUGUGCCUGCCCACCCUGCAGCCCACCCCGGGCUGCCCACCCACCCUGGGCACUCAUUCCUCUCGGGUAUGACCUUCCCGUUCCGGCCCAUCCGCUAGGCACCCUCCUGAGGAGGUGGAGGAAUCUUCUGGAGAAAGGUCGGCUGGCGGUCCCAGAGGAGGGGCCCCUGCAACUCCUGCCUGGGGUGGUACUUGGAGUGACGAUGUAGAGGAGGAGCCUGCCCGGUCCCCCCGCCCCCCAUCAGAGCCCUCCUGCCCAGGACAGACUACCGCCUCGGGCCCACACAGGCAGCCCGGCCCCUCCCUCAGGCAUGUGCUGGGCUCACAGGCCACCCACCCUGGCCAUGGGGGCUCCCUGAGCCUGGAAGCCAGGAUGGGGGCCAGGGGCACCCUGCCAGCGAAGGGAGGAGUGUCUGUUCUAUGGGGUCUCUAGAUUUCUCUUUCAUAUGUUCCAAUAAAUUUUUCUAAACAGUU